AUGUUCAGCAAGAUCCCUGGAUGUUCGCCGGGACCAGGACUCCAGGACUCCGGGACUCCAGGACUCCGGGACUCCAGGACUCCGGGACUCCAGGACUCCGGGACUCCGGGACUCCGGGACUCCAGGACUCCAGGACUCCAGGACUCCAGGACUCCAGGACAGAAGACAAGCGCGUGCCCCAGCCCCACGCGCUCCUCACCGGUCCCGCCCCCGUUAAUAAAGCCCCGCGCGCGCGCCUCCUUCAAUCCAGACCGAGCUCCGGACCGUCCGCGGCACAGCGCAGCGCACGAGCCCCGACCAGCCCCGACCUACCCACGCACGGCACGCACCAAGCCACGCACCGAGCCACGCACGCACCGGCAGCCCGCAGAGCCCCGCAGAGCCCCACACCUCACCGGGACACCUCCGCCGCAGCACCGCCGACACCGACCCGCCUCCCGGACACCUCCGCGCGGCUCGCCCCCUCGCCCGCACCCGGUACACCGUGUUCCCAUGAUGUCAUACCUGUGGCUGCUGCUCAUCGCCUCGCUGCUGGCGGGAAGCUCCACGGCUCAAGAAGAAGAAGUGGAGGAAUCGGUGGAAGAAUACGUUGGCGAUGAAGCCGCCGCCGCUGAGGAGGAGGAGGAGGUGACGGACGACGCCGCCGCCGCCGAGGAGGAAACGGCCGCGGACGCCGGAGACACGGGAGACGCGGCGACCGAAGACGAAGAAGAAGAAGCCGUUGAAGAAGCUGGAGAAGAAGAGGCUGCCGAAGAAGAAACCGGAGACGCCGAAGCUGGAGAAGAAGAGGCUGCGGAGGAAGAAACCGGAGAAGCUGAAGCCGGCGGAGAAGAAGAAGAAGAAGAAGCCGGAGAUGCUGAAACGGAAGAAGAGGCUGUGGAAGAAACCGGAGAAGCCGAAGCAGGAGAAGAGGAGGCGGUAGAAGAAGCUGGAGGUGAUGACACUGAAGAAGAAGAAGAAGAAGCAACGGAGGUGACAGACGCUGAAGCUGAGGAGGCCACCGAAGCUGCAGGUACAGAAGACGACGCGGCGACUACAACCGGAGCAGAAGAAGAAGAAGAAGAAGAAGUGGUGGAAGAGGAGGAAACCGAAGCUCCUGAGGCGGUGGUCGAUGAUUCCGCCGCCGCCGAGGAGGAGGAGGAGACCGAAGCUCCGACUGAGGCGGAGGAGGAAGUGGUCGCCGUGGAGACCGAGGUCCCCGCCGAGGCCGAAGUUCCCACCGAAGCUGAGGCGGAGGCGACGACCGAAGACGACGCCGCCGCCGCUGAAACUGAAGAAACCGAAGCCCCCGAAGUCGCCGCCGCGCCCGUACCAGAGGAAACCGACUCCGGAAACACGGAGGCAGUCGACGACACCUCUGCAGCCACGGAUGAUUCUCCAGCACCAGAGGAACCCGCUUCAGAGGCUGCAGCGCCAGAAGAACCCGCACCAGAAGCUCCGGUACCAGAGGCUUCAGCCCCAGAAGCUCCAGUGGAAGAAAUCAUCAUCCCAGAAAAGAAAGGACGUCAGAUGGAGGCCCCCACAGAUGAGAAGCCGAAGCCCGCCGCCGUCGCCGAAGAUCCAUCGGCACCGAAAAAAGAGGGUGGUUCCGGAGCGUUGGCCGCGGUUCUCUCCACGAUCGGGGUGGCGGCGGUGGGAGCGGUCACUGGGUAUUUCACCUACCAGAAGAAGAAACUCUGCUUCAAAAACAGAGAAGCAGAUGCUGAGGCGGGUCGUAAAGCCGACGUCGCAGAGGCCAAGUCUGAUCCUCAAGUUCUUGGCAACCUGCUGAACUCGUCCUAAGGGUCAUGUGACUGCCUGGACCAAUCACAGUGGAGCACCAUCUCACUGUGGGGCCCUGAGCUGUGUUACUGUGAGGCCCCCCGGGGCGGCGCGUGUGAGCGAGUGAAUGUAUAGGAAUAUGAAAUAUGUGAACUGUAAGGGUUUAUGUGAACUGUAAGGGUUUAGGAUCGCACCAAACUUUAAAAUCUUUGUUUUUAAACCAAAUCAAAAACUGAGAUCAGAUCUCAGGACCAUGAAAUGGCCUCAGUAUCCUCCAGACUACCUGUGUUUCCAAACGGCCUUUACUCUGUUUCCCGUGUGAAUAUAAUCCGAUCGAUCGUGUUCUUCUAACCUGAAUCUGUUGUAGAAAAGUGUUGAGUUUGUCUGGGGCACGUGUAAAGAGGAGGGUCAUACCAACGGUCAGAUCAAAAUGAUAUAAUCCUCACUAGUGAUGGGCGAAUGGAGCAUCAUGAAGCAUCGACACAUCAGUCGCAAUUAGGGACGGGCAUUCGAUGAAUUCAAUUAUCGAUUAAUCAUUAAGGUUUUUAUAUUAAAAUGAUCAUCAUUAUUAUUACUAUCUGCACUAAUCUGCAUAAAUAAAUUCAACUUUACGACAUAUAAACAUAACGACUCUAGAUCCACAUCAGCUGUUUGACAUUAUAAUGUGUUUAAUUCAGUUUUGUUCAAAUCUCACAGAAACAAAACUUAAAACCACAUCACUAAUUUACAUAAACUAAGUGAAGAUAAAACUCCAGCUCUUGUGUCGCUGAUGUGGUUCAACUUGUGUUGGAUUAAAAGACAUGACUCAGGUGAAUACAGGUCAGUGUGACCAGAUUUGUGUUUGUCAAAACCAGGACAGCGUACGGGGGGAGGGGGGCGGGGCCUCGUCAUCCACAUUGAGCGACUCUCACCUGGAAAAACUUUUUCCCACUGGACACAGAAACAUAUGUGCUGCUUUAUACACUGUGCACAUGGACUCACACUUGUCCCAACGCAACGGAAAGUGUGGAAUUUCUUCUACAAAUCCUGGUUAAAUCCACAUUUGUGCUUCGGUUCGUUACAGACUGACCCACUGUUUGUGUCUCGCUCCUUCUGAUGCAGAGACACAUGUACACACCUGUUUGGUCACGACACACACAAACAUACAUUCAGUUUGUCCAUUAAAAUGAACGUAAUCGAUGAAAUUCUUAAUGAUCAAUUAUCGAUUAAUCGACUAAUCAUGCCCAUCCCUAGUCGCAAUAUUGUCUCAAAUGGUUGGAAGUGUCUGAGGUCUUGGACAAACACUGACCUCUAGUGGACAAAUUUAACAUGAUGAUUUAAAAUAAUAUGUAAAGAGCAACAUAAAUAACAGCUGUAAAUAAGAAAGUAGGUGUGACCUUGUUUGGUGGAAUUAAAUCAAAGUGAUGCCAAACCAUGGAUCGAUUUUUCCCACCUGUAGACGCCGUCGAAAAUGAAACAAAAGUCGCCAAAAUUACCACUAACGCACAACACUCCUCACUACCCAACAUUUUUAACAUGUUUAAACACUGGUGCAUCUUUUAUACUGUAGCAGUUCAGCGCUCGUCAAACCACGGAAGUGCUGAACACUGAAGCACGGAACAUUCGCCGAGCCAAUGAAACCGUCUCAUUUGCCCAUCACUAAUAUUCACGAAAAAUUCACGCAAAUGACAAUCCUUCACUGAGCACACGGGCCUUUAAAAGUGUCUUGUUUUAGUUUCAAGUGUUGCACAAAAGUGAACGAACAUGAAAGUGUAGAAACGUCGCCUCAUCUCCUCGUUGUGUGAUUUAUUUUUAUUUUGAAUCUUUUUAGUCUUUUGUUUUUAAAGGCGACGUUCUACUUUUACAUAUCAGCCGACGAGAAGUGACCCGUUUGUCGACCUGUGGCCCUCCUCUAGAAUCUGAUUUUUUUUUUUUUUUUUUUCUUGUACAAAUCUGGACAAAUCUCUGACGUCGUAUCUCGUGUGUUUUGAUGGUGACGGGGCUUUAACUCGGAUUCCUUUUGGGCGACCACCACUUCUACUUCUUCUUCUUCUUCUUCUUCAGUUUGUCGUGUUCCGUGCGCAGAGACCGACGCAAAAACGGCGGCGACGCGCAGACGUAGCGGCGUCCGGACGAGGUUGUGUCCAUGAAUGAGUGUCCUUCCUUGGGGGGGGACAUAGAAUUGGACGCACGUUUGGAGACGACGCAGCGUUUCGUAGACAGGUGUAGACAGGUGUAGACAGGUGUAGACAGGUGUGGACAGGUGUAGACUCGUAGUGCCUUCAGCGGGACGGCAGAGGCUUGGUUUCUGAACGUGUCUUUUUCGAAAAACUACAAGAGACGUCGUCGUUUUUGACUCCGUAUCGACCUCAAACGGUGAAAAUUAAAAACUGCAGUCAUGUUUCCACUCGGCACUUCAGUUCCGUUCGCCUAAAACACGAACAAAUUUAUUUAUUUACGUAGCUGAGGGCUUGAUUCCAGCCAACUCAUGUGCAGCUUGGUAAAUAAACGCUUUGAAACUCCACGUAGUGCCUUAAACCUUUCUACUUUGUGUCAUAUUCUCUCAAGUCUCUAAGGUCUUUAAGGUCUAAGGGUCCCCAAAACCUGCCAGGUUCGCUUUGCCGCUUUAACCAUCCACCCAUUUUCUUCGGCUUUAUCCGAGGUGGGGUCGCGGAAGCAGCAGUCUGAGCGAGAAAAAAAAAACAAGGCUUGACCAAAAUUUAAGAUCUAAACACUUAAAUCUAUCAGAGAAUGACUUAAAAGUUGCGAAAUUAUGCUGCAAGAUCAUUUUACUUGGCAAGUUCUUUUAAAAUAAAUGACUUCUAGAACAAGCAAGUCGAUAAUAAAUCUGAAAACACAAUAAAUAACCGCUUUAAAGUCUUGGAUCCCGAGGCGUUCCCAGGCCAGCCCGGAGACAAAGUCCCUCCAACGUGUCCUGGAUCGUCCGACAAAACCUGAUAUGGAACUUUUAGACGUUUUGAGUUUCUUAUCGUCUGAUUAGAACUCUCUGCGGUCGCCUUUUGGACGUUUUUAGGCGAGGUUGAACAAAUCUUUAGGUCCAUUGGCGAGUCUAGGGUUAGGCGUAGAAAGUCGGACGAUAUUCCACGGAACCUGGCCGUGUCUUCACCUAGUGCCUCCGCUCGAUUUCAUUUCUCUAGAUUAGGAAUCAGAAAACACUAGACGAUUUGCAAAAAAACCCAGAAGUGCAAGUUCGGACAUCAGCCAAUCGGCGAAGAGACAGACAUUCUUUGUUGGCGACGAUUCCCCAGAUCCCCAAGGAUUUAAAGCCGGAACAAAGAGAAUGUUUGGUGAAUUUUAUCUCGGGGAAAGAAGUUAUUGUUCUUCUUCCUACGGGAUUUGGAGCUUUACAAACGUCAUGACCAAACUGCAGCGAUUUGUUCAAUUUAAAAAAAAAAAAACACCUACUGUCGAGCGAACGAAUCCUAAUGCUGCGAUAAAACUUGUGCUGUAACAACCCGAUAUGGAAUUUUUUAGACUUUUUUAGUUUCUUGUAGACUGAUUAGAACUCUCCGCGGUCGCCUUUUGGACAUUUUUAGUCGAGAUUGGACGCGCUUUGAAAGAGGAGGACUUUUGGUUGAUCCAUUGGCGAGUUUAAGAGAGGCCCCUGAUUUUUAAAAACUUUUUUAACGUAGAAAGUCGUCCGAUAUUCCACCCAACCUGGCUCUGACCUCUAGGCAAGGCAAGGGAAGUUUAUUUGUAAAGCACAGUUCGUACUCAAAGUCAUUCAAAGUGUUUUACAGAAUAAGAAACACGUUAAAAUCACAAAUAAUCAUCAUAAAAUUAAAAAGAAAGAGACAUUAAAAGAGACAGAAGAGUUUGGAGUGAAAACUUUUCAGAGGUACAAUUCUAGAGGUACUUUUCAGCACUACCGUCCGCCGCUCAGGGAGUUCGUCGGACUGUGGGACUGUCGAGCUCCGGUGGAAACAUGCCAACUGUAAGCACUGCUGUAUCUGUCCCGCCUGAACCCGAACAGAACCGGAGACGACCCGUUUUUCAGACCGAGCCUCUCCCGUGUCCUUCCGCCUAGAACACCGCCCGCCUGUACUUUUUCUAGGAGCUCGUGUAAAGUAGUGCCUGAGACGCGUUAAGCCGACGUACACUGUGCGAUGAUUUUUGAGCCCGAUUUUUCACUCGACUCGCGACUGUUUUCGGGAUCAUGUUUUGGCUUCAUCGUGUGGAGUAAACACAGGGUAACAAGAACCGAUGAAUACCUCAAGACCAGCUCCCGAACGGCAAACGCAGGUCGCAAGAAAAUCAAACCUCAUGAGGGUUUCGCUCUGCUGAAGUAGUUCCACAAGCGGCUGCGAUUUGGUCGUUCGGUUUGAGUUGGAGCCGAGUGAAACCGUCGAAAAUAUGGCACAGUGUUUGUCAGGCGUUCGCCGCUCGCUCGUCAUUCGCUUCGGUGUUUGUGAGGAGGCCUUAGAAGCAGCUCGCUUUCGGUAGCACAACUAAACUGAAUGUGUCUUUGCCUUUUCGCUUCACGUUCGCUUCACGUUCGCUUUGUUUGUUUUUUUUUUAAGCGCCAUAUUAUUAUUAGAUGCAAUACUGGACAGAGACUGUUGCAAACAGCCUAGCCACGCGUUAAAGAAGAGAAACUCUGUGAUGUCGAUUAUUCUACUGUACGGGCUGUAGGGGGCGCCACACUGGCUCAGAGCUCUCCUUAUCUGUGAUUGAGGGACGUGUAAUGUACAACAUUUACUGUAGCUCCAGCGUUUCGACUGAGCCAGAGAUGCCUUGGAAACCGUUUAAAAAAAAGUAAAAAAAAAAACAAAUGUAACAAACCCGGACCAGCGGACGGCCGGCAAAAGUCGAGUUUUAGAAUUUCAGGUUUGGCGGUUCAGAGACUCGAAUCGCACAAAGUCGCAAAAACGUCCGAGCGAUUCUGAGCGAUUGAGGUGGAGGGCAGGAGAAAAGUCGUUUAAUUAUCUUUUUAUUUUUUUAAUCCAGACGAAGCACAAAUUCAGAUCUUGAAAAGCACAUUAAAAGACAUAAAUGUCCACAUUUAUGAAUUAAAAUCGUUAGAAUUUUUAAUAAAAUGUAACAUCCACGUGUGAGAUGUUUCAUUUUUGUUUUUAUUAAUUUCCAUAUUUUGGUUCCUUUUUGAUAAAUAUAGCACAAUUAUGGCCCUUGUCAGUUAUAUAAAAUACGUUAAAGGUGCACUACGUAACUUUUUGGUGACUUGUUUCCUUGGAGACGUCAUUUCUCUGCCUGGAAUGUUCCACAGUCUGACGUUAAACAGAUCUAAUUUACGUUUAUUCAAUCACAGGUGGUUUUAAAGCUCAAAAAUACCUAGAAAAACCCUCUCGCCUCUCCACAGAUCUGACCUGUAACUUGGUCUGGUUUGGUUUCCAUGGAGAUAGAAAGGUUUAAAGCCAUACUGUGGAAUAUUCCAGAGAAAGCAACAACAGAAUUUGACGGAACAUUCACCAGAAAAGCGACACAAAGCACCUUUUUAAUUACGUUUUAUAAUUUUUUGUUUACUUUUUUUUAUUAAUUAGAAUAUUAAUAACAAUUUUGUGAGGUACAACCCAAAAAAAGUAAUUUUUUUUCGUCACGUAAGUUUUUUUUUAAAGAAUUUUAAUAUCGAGUUAUAACUUUGAAUUUGUCUAAAAGAAUCGACUUAAAUCGCAUCUGAUUUUUGAUUAAAAUACUUGCGUUACUCACAUAAAGCUGCAUUGUGUAACUUUUCUGGUGCAUGGACAUCUGAUUUUUUUUCCACGCACAUUUAAUCGCUUUGUCUGAAAUGUUCCACAGUACGGCAUUAAACAUAUUUAUCUUGCAUUUAUUCAAAUACAGGUGUUUUUAUUACUUGAAAAAAUCAUUUUAAAAAACCCACAACCUCUCCACAGAUCUGACCUGUAACUUGGUCCUGUUUGGUCUCCAUGGAGAUAGAAAGGUUUAAAGCCAUACUGUGGGACAUUCCAGACAAAGCGAGAACAGAAUUUGACGGAACAUCCACCAGAAAAGCGACGCAACGCACCUUUUUUAUUCGCGGAUUUUUCCCCGGUUCACGAAAACAGUGUCCGAAAACGAUCCCGAUCCUGCCCUCCGCGUUCAGAAUUCUCGAACGUGACUCAAAGAGACUUCAGAUCCCGGUACUUAAAGGUUGAUUGUGUAAUUUUAAGCCAAAGUGCACUUGAGGCGUCCGUUCCACACUGACCAGUCCUGCCUUAAAGUGACCCAACGACCCCGACUGCGAAAACACCGCACCAACAAACCGACCGCACCAACAAACCGACCGCACCAACAAACCGACCGACCGACCAACCAACGCCGGCAAGUCACAAUAUUCUCCUGUUUUUUGAGUCAACUGGACUAAUUUACUUACUUAAAGACGCACUAUGUAACUUUUUUCCAUGGAGACGUCAUUGCUCUUCCCGGAAUGUUCCACAGUGUGACUUUAAACAGCUCGACUUUACAUUUAUUAAAUUACCGGUGGUUUUAGAGCUAAAAAAAAUACCUUGAAAAUCGGGACAUUGUGACUGUGAGCGGGGUCGCCUCUCCACAGGUCUGACCUGGAGCUUCUUGGUCGUCUGGUUUGGUCUCCAUGGAGAUAGAAAGUAGUUUAAAGCCAAAACUGUGGAACAUUACAGACAAAACAAUAACAGCAUUUGACGGAAGAUCCACCAGAAAAGUGACAGAAUGCAACUUUUAAUUAUUUUUUAAAACUUUUUUUAAAAUUAGAAUAUUAAAUAAAAAUGUGUAAGCUGCAGCCAAAAAACACUUAAAUUUUUUUGUCAAGUAGUUGAUUUUUUAUUUAUUUAUUUUUUUUCAUUUUAAUAAUGAUUUAUUAAUUUGGAUUUUUCUAAAAGAAUCGACUUUAAAUGUAUCAAUUUUUUUUAUUUUUUAUGAUUGAUUAUUAAUUAGAAAAUUAAUUUUAAAAAAUGUGAGCUGCACCCAAAAAAUCCUUAAAUUUUUUUGUCAAGUAGUUGCAUUUUUAAGCUUUUUUUUGUUUUGUUUAAUAUUGAGUUACACCUUUGGAUUUUCUAAAAGAAUCGAUUUAAAAUGCAUCAGAUUUUUUGUUUAAAAUACUUAACUUGUGUAACUUUUCUGGUUUCUUGGUUCUUCCUGGUUUAAUUUUAUCGCUUUGCCUGAAAUGUUCCACAGUACGGCAUUAAACACAUCUGUCUUGCAUUUAUUCUUUAUAAAAAAAAAAAAAAACUAAAAAAAAACGAGCGGCGUCGCCUCUCCGCAGAUCUGUCGUGCCUGACUUGGUUUUUGCUGCGACGUUUAAUGCGACACUGUGGAACAUUCUGGACAAAGCAACGACAUCUCCAUGGAAACCAGCACAAAAUUUACACAGUGCGGCUUUUAAGUGACAAAACACAAAUAUUUACCACAAAUUUUGAUAAUUUCACCUUUUCAUUUGUGCAAAACGAACAAAAUCCGACGGGAAACGACGCCUCAAAUCGAGUCCAAACUCUUGUCACGACUCUGCUCUUUGUGAAUAUUGUGCAUUGUGGCAGGUGCGGCAGGUGCGGCGGGUGUGUCAGGUGUGUGUGUUUGCGUCGGUGGAAGUGUGUGUUCAGACGUGGGUGUGUGUUCGUGCACAGGUGGAGGUGGUUUUGCAGGAGAAGCACUUUUGUCCUCGGGUCAGUUGGACUCCUUCAGACUGUGUAAAACUUUAUUUAAAUAUUCUGUUUUUUGUUUUGUUUUUCUGUAGUUUUCUUCCUCAUGUCGUCUGGCACUUGUUCUUAUGAAACUGUAAAUAAUGUUUGAGUCAAUAAAAGCUUUUGUUUCCUGGGAA